UGCACAAUAUAUGUCCGCGGCGUGCGAUACGUGUCUUCCAAUUCGACAUUGUCGCAUCGCGCCUCCCAAGCCUGCUAGAGUGUGGACCUUCCGGACCACUAGCAAAUGACUGCGAUUUUCCCUACUGAGGUCUUCGAACGCAUCAUCGACUAUGUAUGGCCCGACCAGACUCGGAGGACACUCAUGGCUUGCAUGUUCGUCUGCCGUGCAUGGUUCCCUCGAGCUCGAGUGAACCUCAUAUACGAGAUCAUCUUGCGGCAUCCCCGACAACUGCGCCUCUUCGCUCAACUAGUGGGCAAGCGACCAGCUCUCCGUCCCCUCAUUCACAUCCUUCACAUAUGGCCAUCACGCGCAGACGACUGCAAGGUUAUGGGGACCUUCCCGCUGAUGCUCGCUCAUCACCUUCCGAACUUACGGAGCUUGAGCAUGCGCGGCCUCACGACGGUCCGCCCUAUUGCUCGUUACCCGCAGAGUCACCAUCUUACCUUUCCGAUACUCCGCGAGUUUUCCUUCCUGACGAUCUUGAUGAUCGGGCCCGUACAUUUUACGUCCAUGACGACGUUUGCUCGACUAGUCGGGUCCUUCACCUCUUUGACAAUUCUAGUCUGUCAGGGCAUUACCUGGGGGAACGCAGAGAGGAGCCCGUCUGCGUACAAGCCUAUUGCUCGCCUCAAGCUGCGCAGCAUCUCCAUAGGAUACAUGAAGUGGACGGAGCAGCUCGCAGACAUGCUACUCGCUAUCAUCGAUCCCACUUCAUUACACACCUUGAAUCUUCGCCCCAACUAUCAAUGGUAUGUCGAGCACGCGGAGGGACUGCUCGAAGCUAUUGGCCCGUCGCUGCAACAUCUCGUCAUUGGCGAGGGUGCAACGGUGGAAGCAAAAUAUUCUGGUUCCUAUCUCGCCUACAAUACCAGCAUCACCAAGCUCUGGAUGACGAGCCAUCCGAAUUAUGAGUCGGAGGUCGCCACUUGCAAUCUGCUCUCCCGGGUUCACGCACCCUCUCUGCAAGAGCUCAUCUUAUCCCUGUCAAGCGUUCCAUACAGCCUCAGCGACCAAUUCCUCUCUCGUCCGGGAUUAAACCCACGAGAGAUAGUAUUCGAAAAUAUGGCUCGGUUCCCCCGAGCGUAUCGGGAAGCCUCGCGUUUGAGCAGCGAGGUGCGAGACCGAUUACCACAGACAUACUCGCGAGGUGUCGUACGGUUCGAAAAUGCGCCAAAUAGGAGCUGGUGGGAGGUUGCGUGACUUGCUGGCGAGGUCGAUACGCUCAUGUUGCUUACCGGCCAACCCGUCCACAGUCGUGUUCUUAGUCGUGUUCCCAGUUUAUUGGCAAUGUUCCCCGCUCCUGCUUGCUCCCCGGCUUGUAUUCACACGGCAUAACUUGCGCCAACUUCGCGCUCGCAUCUGCUGGUCUUACUUAUGUAGAGGCAGGAUCUAUCACACAACCAUUGAC